AUGACUGAAGAUGAAAUGUGGGACUGGCUAAAUUUUUAUCGUGAGAAUUUUUUGAAUCAGCUCACAGAUAAAUUCCACAGACCAUCGGAAAAGUUUCCAAAAAUCAUCAAAGAAGAAGAAGGCUCCCAGUUCCGCUGCAGUUAUUUUCGCUCGUCAGAUAAAUGCCCGAUGAGGGGUACUAACAACGAUUACCAGGCCGACUUCCUCACAAAGAGAAUCGGGUCUUCCAAUGCUCAUAGUAAGGUUCAUCAAUGGAGUGAUGUGAGAGUACUGGGUGAGUUUACGAAAAAGAAAUCUUCAGGUCAAAGGAACGAAAAGUUUUAUCAGCUAUCUAGACUUGCUCUCCAAGUGUUUUACACACAGCCACUUCGUCAUUUCGUACAUGGAUUUACCGCGUUCAAAUCAAAUUUUGAACUGUGGGUGUUUAAUCGCUCGGGCGCAUAUAGCUCGGGCUUAUUCAACAUCGAAGACGAUAAAGAAAAGCUAGUGAGAGCGAUCUGUUCAUACCUUUUGAUGAGUGAUCAAGAACUAGGUAUUGACUCAUCUAUUGAAAAAGUUAAUGGACGCUCUUCUGUAUCAAUUUAUGAUGAGAAACAGAAGGAGACUAGGAAGUUUGACAUUAAUCCGAAUCCUUUUUUCAUGGUGGGUACCAUAGUCACUCGUGGAACUACCUGUUUCGAAACUUCGGACAAAAACAGUGUUGUUAAAUACUCGUGGGUCAGGACUCCAGGUAAAUCAGAAAUCGACUUUUUGCAACAUGCCCAUGGAAUAGAUGGCGUAGUCGAGUAUGUCACGGCAGACAUAAUCUGUACCAUAGGUGAUCAUCUGGCUGAAGGUGUAGAGGUACCUCGGACUCCCCAGUUGAGAGAUCGAGAACUUCGCAGAAUAGUUAUCUCACCUCGUGGACAUAGUCUUCGUUCCAGUAAAACGAUUAUGGAGUUUCUUGUUGGCAUACGAGACGCAAUUGUGGCACACCGCCGCCUGUAUGUCGAAAAGAAAAUACUUCAUGGUGACAUCUCUGACGGUAACAUCAUUCUAGCAACUGUAGGUGGUAAAACUCAAGGGAUGUUGAUCGAUUUGGAUCACGCCGAAAUGGUCGACCCACCACCAGGCAAAGAUGACAACUUGUUCUUGACAGGCACCAUAAAAUUCAUGGCGCUUGAGAGGCUACAUCGUGCUUCAAAUUGUGGGGAAACCAUAGCUCGCACGUUUCAUCACGAUCUAGAGUCGUUCUUUUAUGUGUUCAUUGUAGGAUGCAUAACCUUCAUAGGCUUGAAGGAUUUAGCAUAUGAACUCCGAGAAAUACUUUUUGGGGAAAGUGGCAAAGAGUACGGUACCCCUGAUAAGCAUGAACCGGAAUAUGAGAAGAUUAUUAAGGCAUUCAGCAAUACCAUUGAAGAUCUAAGAGGUAAGAUCAAUCAAUUACUACACAAUUACUACACAAUUACUGUUCCCUUAAAUGAGAGUCUAGCUAACAUCUUCAAUUAUUUAGAUGGGACAAUCGAGAAUAAAUUGUUGGCUAGAGGAACAUCAUGA